GCAAUACCAGUUGGCUGUCCAGUCCACCCUUCUCAGGGUACUUCCGUCGCUCAUACCCUUCGAACACAGAAGCCUAAAAAUAAAAAUAAGUAGCGCCAACCCAAGCACAAACCCACGUGAGCAGUGUGAGUGAACUGAAGCUGAGUUUUUCAGUAGAACGGGCACCAAUUUAUUCAGAAGAAAUCUCUUUCCGUCAACCCAGCGUUAAUAAACGCUCCCGAAUUGCCAUGCCUGCCACGACGACGAGCCUGGGGUAUACCCCGCCGGACGGGGGCUGGGGCUGGGCUGUGGUGUUUGGCUCCUUCAUCUGCAUCGGCUUCUCCUACGCGUUCCCCAAAGCUCUCACCAUCUACUUCAAGGAGAUCCAGGAGUUCUUCUCCAUCUCCUACAGCGAGAUCGCCUGGGUUUCCUCUAUCAUGCUGGCUACCAUGUAUGCGGGGGGUCCCGUGAGCAGCAUUCUGGUUAAUCGCUAUGGCAGCCGGCCCGUGGUGAUUGCCGGUGGGCUUAUGUGUGGGGUUGCUAUGGUAACCGCUUCUUUUGGCAAUUCCAUUAUGCAUUUGUAUAUAUGCAUUGGCAUCAUUGGAGGGAUGGGCCUCGCCUUCAACCUCCAGCCUGCCCUCACUAUAAUCGGGAAGUAUUUCCUGGUCAAGAGACCAAUCGCAAACGGCCUGGCCAUGGCGGGAAGUCCGGUGCUCCUCUCCACCCUGGCUCCGCUCAACCAGUUCCUGCUUGACAGCUUCGGUUGGAGGGGCGCGUUCUUCAUCCUUGGAGCCAUAAUUCUGAACAGCUGUGCGGCUGGGGCCCUCAUGAGGCCUAUUGGCCCCAAGCCACCGCGAAAUCCGGAAAACCCCAGCGGGAACGGUGCUGGGAAGGCCAGCGUGGAGGACGGAGGCGGGAAGGCCAGCAUGGAGGACGGAGGCGGGAAGGCCAGCAUGAAGGACGGUGGCGGUAAGGCCAGCCCGGAGGGUGGUGGCGGUAAGGCCAGCCCGGAGGAUGGUGGCGGUAAGGCCAGCCCGGAGGACGGUGGCGGGUCCCAGGACGUCGGCCUGUUGAGCGGCCAGGGUCCGCGGAAGAGGACGGGGUGCGCGGACGGAGUCAGCAAACUGAUCGAUCUCUCUCUCUUCAGGCACCGCGGUUUCCUCAUUUACCUCGUGGGCAACGUCAUCAUGUUUUUCGGUUUCUUCGCGCCCAUUGUUUUCCUGGCCCCGUACGCCAAACACAUGGGCAUCGACGAGUACCAGGCGGCCUUCCUGCUCUCCAUCCUGGCCCUCGUGGACAUGUUCGCUCGGCCCGCGACGGGGAUGGUGGCCAACUCUCGCUGGGUCCGGCCCAGGAUCCAGUACUUCUUCAGCCUGUCCGUAGCGUACAAUGGCGUCUGCCACCUGCUGUGCCCGCUGGCCACGGGGUACGCGGGACUAGUCGUCUAUGCCGUCUUCUUCGGCGUGGCGUUCGGCAUGGUCUGCGCCUUGCUCUUCGAGGUUCUGAUGGACUUGGUCGGAGCUCAGCGGUUCUCCAGCGCAGUCGGGCUCGUCACCAUCAUCGAAUGUGGACCUGUGCUUUUAGGACCACCAAUAGCAGGGGCACUGGUGGACAUCUUUAUGGAUUACAAAUACAUGUACUACGCCUGUGGGGUCAUGAUGCUGGCUGCUGGAAUCUUCCUCUUCGUCAUGAACUUCUACAACUACAGGCGCCUGGAGCAGGAGGAGAAGGAGAGGCUAGCUGCGGCAGUGGAGGUCAGAGCUGGGAAUGAGGAGUCCACCGUGAACGGCACAGGAGAGAAGAAAUCCGUGGAGGAGGAGGUGCCAGCUCCGGAAGACAAGGGAGAACCUGCGUGCACUUUUGAGACAGAAACCUAAUCUGCUGCAUAUCCGAAAACGGUAUGCUAGCAGUUAAGCUAGCAAACCUUCCUAGAAUAUGAGCAGUGGUCUAUCUGCAAAUUUAAAAAAAACAUUUGGACUUUAAGGCUAAAUGGACAGAGCUAGCCUGAUGGCUAAGCCAUUUGAAGUGGUGGAAGCAGGUUGCAAUCAUGUGUUUUUUGAAGUUAGCCACAUUUUACAUUUAUGCCAAAGAUGGAACAAUGGGUUCAAUUUCAGUAUGAAUUUAACCAGUGUAACAAAAGAUAAACCAAGGAUUUGACCAGUUUU